GAGGGAGCAGAUCAGUCAUGUCUCUGGCCAGCGACAUCUGUCUCGUAACAGGAGCCUGUGGAUUUCUCGGAGAGAGGAUCGUCAGGCUGCUCCUGGAGGAGGAACGGGAGCUUGCCGAGAUACGACUGCUCGACAGGAACGUCAGGCUCAAUUUUGUCCAGUCGCUGGAAGCAUCCGGUUAUCAGACAAAGGUGAGCGUGUUCGAGGGGGACAUUAGAGACAGCGCGCUAUUGAAGAGAGCCUGCCAUGGGGCCACCCUAGUCAUCCACACCGCAUCCAUCAUCGAUGUCCUUGGAGCCGUGGACUACAGUGAGCUACACGGGGUUAAUGUGAAAGGGACCCAGCGCCUCCUCGAAGCCUGCAUCCAGGAGAAUGUGGCAUCCUUCAUUUACACCAGCAGCAUCGAGGUGGCUGGCCCCAACCCACAGGGUGACCCUGUCAUCAACGGCAACGAGGACACCCCGUACCCCUGCCGCCUGAAGUUCCCCUACAGCAAGACCAAACAGGAGGCGGAGCGGCUGAGCCUGCAGGCCAACGGCGAGCCCCUGCGGGGCGGGGGCAGGCUGGCCACCUGUGCCCUGCGGCCCAUGUACAUUUACGGAGAGGGCUGCCGCUUCACUGUGGGUCACAUGGUCAGAGGGAUCCGCAACAAAGACGUGCUGCUGCGCGCCUCCAGGCGUGAGGCCACCGUCAACCCCGUGUACGUGGGGAACGUCGCCUACGCCCACCUCCACGCCGCACGGGCCCUGAGGGACCCCCAGAGGAGGGCGGCUGUCAGGGGGAACUUCUACUUCAUUUCGGACGACACACCGCCUGUCAGCUACUCAGAUUUCAACCAUGUGGUGCUGGAGCCACUCGGGUUCCUCAUCCAGGAGAGGCCUGUGCUGCCCUUUCCCCUCCUCUUCCUCGUCGCCUUCAUCCUGGAGGUGCUCCAGAAGCUGCUCCGCCCCUUCGUGCGCUUCACCCCGCACCUGAACCCCCAGCUGCUCACCAUGCUCAACACACCGUUCACCUUCUCCUACCGCAAGGCCCAGAGGGACAUGGGCUACACCCCCCGCUACGCCUGGGAGGAGUCACGCAAGCGCACCACUGAUUGGCUGGCAUCUGUCCUGCCUGGAGAAAGAGCAAAACUGGGUUUGCAGGCUGCCCCUGACCAAUUCUUCCACAACAUUUCUCCACCAAAGACAUUGUGUAACUGACAAUUCAGAGCCAUGUAGCAAUGUCUGUUACUCUGUUACAUCCACAGAAAGAAAUGCUUUCAGUGUAGUAUGCAAACAAAUAUAAUAGAAGUAGUACUAGCAUAGUGUACUCAAA